AUGGAAAAUCGGGGGCUCUUCUGCACCUUCUGUUACCUGAUGUUGAACGCGCCUCUGCUGUUCAUCGUCACCGCUACCUUUACUGAAGUUCCCAAAGAUGUGACUGUUAGGGAGGGAGAUGAUAUUGAGAUGCCUUGCGCUUUCCGAGCCAGCGGAUCCACCUCUUACUCCUUGGAAAUCCAGUGGUGGUACCUUAAAGAACCCGCCAGAGAACUUGCACAUGAAUUAGCCAUCAGUGUCCCCGGCAAGCAGGAGCAGGUAACAAGCAAGGAUGCAACCAAAAUCAGCACCGUCCGCGUCCAGGGCAACGACAUCUCGCACCGGCUGCGGCUCUCGGGCGUGCGGCCGCAGGACGAGGGCGUCUACGAGUGCCGCGUGGCGGACUACAGCGACGACGAGACGCAGGAGCACAAGGCUCAGGCGCUGCUGCGCGUCCUCUCCCGCUUCGCGCCGCCCGACGUGCAGGCAGCUGAGGCGGUCUCGCACAUCCAGAGCGGAGCGGCUCCCCGCCGACACGGCCCCGCCGCCCGCCCCACGCCGCCGCGCCCCGGCAAGCGCCCGCCGCCGCCCCCGGCCGAGGGGGCUGUCCCCGCCACUGCCACCGCCUCGACGGUCGCCGCUGCCUCCUCAGCCUCGCCGCCGCCCGGCCAGGCCGCCAUCCUCCGACAGCACCACGGUCAGGGUACAGGACCUAUUUAUGCUACAGACCCACUCUUAUAUAUGUCCCUGUUAAUACUGCAUAAGCUUGUACAUUUAUUAGUAAACCACUGACGGACUGCUUCCUCCACUACUCCUCAGCCAAACAAAAAAGGAAUCUAUUUAUAAACAGAACACACCCCUGACAAAAAAACAGCUGCCGUUUAAAGAUGGACAGAAAGAGACUGGAGCAAGCAUGACAAAUCCUACAUGGGGGAAAAACAUAUUUUUUGGGAUGCCACAGAAAGUAAACCACAUAGAAUAAUGCAUCUAGUUUCCAGACUAUGGUGUAAAGCCCUGCUCUGUGCAUGGCACUUAUGAUUUCUCUAUUUUAAUGUAAUAUUUUUUUCUUUUCUAAACCUUUCCUCUGACUCUUCAUUUUGCACGAACUGUUGAGCAGUUAUCUUUAUGACAAUAUGUAAAGAUGUUGGGUCAAAACCCUUCCUAAGAAAGGAAAUAUUUUUAGUAGAUUAUUGUGUUUAGGUUUUUUGAAUUUCCUUUUCCUUUUUUAAUUAAAUUAUUUCUUUUGAGACAUUUUAAUUAAAAAGGUACCUCUUACCAUAAUUACUAUUCACUGUCAAUAAUAUUUAUUUUUAAACGAAGAUUGGAAACAAGGUAAGACAUUUGUUUAUAAACUGUAUUGUAUAUUGCUGAAUAACAGUUGAAUAAAAAGAUUUUGAAAUAAAGGUUUUACAGA